GUAGUCCUUCUGGUGUCCAUCAUGCUCCUGACAAAGGAAGGAGUGACAUCCUUGCCAAUUUGCUCCACUGGAUCUGUUAAUUGCCAAGUUUCCCUUGGGGAACUUUUUGACCGGGCAGUUAAACUUUCACACUACAUUCACUUCCUCUCUUCGGAAAUGUUCAAUGAAUUUGAUGAACAUUAUGGUCAGGGCCGGCAUUUUAUUGCAAGAGCUGUUAAUAGCUGCCACACUUCCUCCUUAACCACUCCUGAAGAUAAGGAGCAAGCUCAGCAGAUUCAUCACGAAGCCCUCCUGAAUUUAGUACUGGGAAUGCUACGCUCCUGGAAUGAACCCCUGAUCCAUUUGGCUUCUGAAGUACAAAGAAUCAAAGAAGCUCCAGACACCAUCCUCCGGAAGGCUGUAGAGAUUGAAGAACAAAACAAGCGGCUCCUGGAAGGAAUGGAGAAAAUAGUUGGGCGGGUUCAUUCUGGUGAAGUAGGAAAUGAAAUAUACUCUCAGUGGGAAGGCCUUCCAUCCCUGCAACUUGCUGAUGAGGACUCCAGACUCUCUGCCUUUUACAACCUGCUGCAUUGCUUCCACAGAGAUUCCCACAAAAUUGACAACUAUCUCAAGCUCUUAAAGUGUCGCCUAAUCCAUGGUAGCAAUUGCUAGGUACUCAUGGGCCUAAACACUUACUGAAAUCAUUCAUCAUGGUGUUCUUGUUGCUUUGCCAUGUUUCAUUGUAAACUUUAUGAAAAGUCACGCUUUUCAGCACAGCAUCAGCAUUGUCAGUAGUUUUCAGGCUUGUUUGUGUGAGUUCUGGCUGCAACUAUUAGCACUGUUUAUCUUCAUGUUUUAAAAUGUUAUGAAUUACUUGUACUACAAGACUAUACUUUUCUGCCUAACCUCCUUACCCACUAGCAUAUCAGUCAUAACCAGAUGAUGCAGAUACAAAUAAAAAUUCUAUUAAAUCCAAAAGUGGUAUUCAAUAAUAUCAGUGAAUAAAAAAUAGCUGGCACAGUUUUUGGAUCUCUGUCUCUGGUUACUGAUACAUGACAAGCUUAUAUCCAUUGCCCUCUACCACCCCUCCAAAAAAAAUAGGAGGAAAAAAAGGAGGGACAUCAAAAAGCAGGUUAUUUAUGUAUUACACUAAACUACCCUAAGCUAAAAGUACAGUCUGAAAUAUAAUCUACUCGGAUCGAUGCUUUUACUCUGUGCAAAAACUGUCUUGGUAAAGAAAGGUAAGACAUUCAUCCUGGCUAACAUAGCCAUUGAUUCCCCAUCUGGAAUUUUAAGGACAGAGAUCCUGGUAUAUCUAUGUCUAUGACUGUUUUGAGAAGAGACAUUUCCAACGGAAAGUUCAUCACAUUUGACAAAUGAGGGCAAAGGAGCAAAUCGAGGGCAAAGGAACCAAGAGGUUUCAGUAGGCCCC